AUGCCAUACGCUCUCAAAGGCAGGAAUGUGCUGAUCACCGGCGGAGGACGCGGUCUGGGUGCCGAAGUCGCCAGGAGAUUUGCCGCAGAAGGCUCAAACGUUGCGAUAAAUUAUGUCGCGAGUGAAGCUCCUGCACGCAAGCUCGCCGAGGAAUUGGAAUCCCAAUAUUCCGUCAAAACCACUGUCAUUCAAGGAGACGGUGGAGUGAUUGCCGACAUUGAGCGUUGCGUUUCGGAGACUGUCUCUGCAUUUGGUGGUCUGGACAUCAUCAUUGGGAAUGCUGGCUUUACCAAGUUCUCCGAUUUCAAGGAUUUGGAUGCUCUGACCUACGAGGAGUGGGACAAGUGCUGGAACACGAACGUGAAGGGAAACCAUGCUCUGCUCAAAGCCGCCAUGCCGAUUUUUAACAAGAACGAAGAAGGCGGAGUCUUCAUCAUGACUAGCUCGAUCGCUGGCAAGACUUUGAGCGGAUCUUCGAUGGCGUACAGCGUAACGAAGGCAGCUCAAUGCCAUCUCAUGAAGGCUCUGGCUAACACGCAAGGUCCUAAAGUGCGAGUCAAUGCUGUUCUACCGGGCUUAUUGUUGACGGACUGGGGUAACUCGUAUGGAGAAGAAAGAAUUAAUGGAUUGAAAAAGGCUGCAGCUCUCCAGAAGGAGACUGAACUGGGUGAAUGUGCCGAUUCCUUUAUCAUGAUUGCGAAAAAUACGUCAAUGACUGGUCAGGAGAUUCAUAUCGACUCCGGGCUUGCCAUCGGGCACAUGUAA